CCAACAGAGACCAUGGGCAAGAUUAUAUUUUACGAAGACAAGAACUUUCAGGGUCGGAGCUAUGAAUGCAGCAAUGACUGCACUGAUCUUCACUUGUACUUCAGUCGCUGCAACUCCAUUCGGGUGGAGAGUGGCUGCUUCAUGAUCUAUGAACGACCCAACUUCAUGGGCCAUCAAUAUUUCAUGAGGAGGGGAGAGUACCCUGACUACCAGAGGUGGAUGGGCUUCAGUAGCAGUAUCCGAUCAUGUCGGGUGAUUCCAGCGUAUAGAGGUUCCUACAGAUUGCGAAUCUAUGAGAAGCCCGAUUUCAGCGGCCAUAUGAUGGAGUUCAUGGAUGACUGUCCUUGUGUUUCUGACCGUUUCCAUCAUCGCCAUGUCUACUCUUGUAAUGUUAUGAAUGGCUACUGGAUCUUCUAUGAAUACCCCAACUACCGAGGCAGACAGUACUUCCUGAAAUCUGGAGAGUACAGGAGGUACCGCGACUGGUGUGCCACCUGUGCCAUUGUUGGAUCAUUUAGGAGGGUCACCGAAUUUUAGCCAUCAAACAAAAACCUGUUGUAAAUAUCACUUUCUUUAUUAAAAUUUAAAGUUUUUAA